CGUGAAAAUCUUUGGGGGAGACGAUCGCCGAUCACCUCUCGGUUCGUACAGCCCUGCGACAUUACCACCACACGACACCGCGGUGCGGCCACGUAGAACGGUAUAGCGCGACGUGAAUCGUAAAUUCUGUGGUUCACGUACGACAUACGACACGACUUUACGUGGGAUUAUCGUGGCGAGCGAGUCAUACAUACGGUCUUCGGAGUCAGCUCGAGUCGUGCGUCGUGCGGCGCCUCUAUUCGGCAUCAUUAAUCAUUUUAGUCUGCGACUCUUCGCCGAUCGGCAGUCGCUGUCGCUAUCGCUGUCGUUUCCGUAUCAUAUCGAGACGCGUCGUCAGCGAACGUAUUCGCGUAGCACGCGUACGCGUUUACGUAUACGUAUAUAGUUAUAGCGAGAAGUCGGGGACACCGUCAUUCGAUCGGCGCGCGACCUCUCGUUCGCGUUAACCUCUCGUCUUCCUCGGCGGCCUCUUCUCGCUCGCUUUCGUCAAGAUGGCCGAGAAGAGCGGCACGCCGGCUGCUGCGACCACUCAGGAACAGCUGCCGCCGCAGCAGUUUCUGUCGAGCUUCAUCAGCGAGAUCGUCAAGAGCCCGAUAAAUCUCGCCCUGGUGGGCGUGAUCGCCAUCCUCGUCUACAAGAUCGUCAAGAGCCGCACGAAGACCGAGGAGCCCGUGCAGGAGGUGAAGAAGUUGCCCAAGCUGCGACGCGACUUCACGAUCGAGGAACUGACCAAGUACGACGGCAAAGGCCCGGACGGCCGGAUACUGGUCGCUGUCAACGGCAGCGUGUACGACGUCACCAGAGGCUCCAAGUUUUACGGCCCUGGUGGACCAUAUGAAGCAUUUGGUGGUCGAGAUGCUAGCAGGGCACUAGCAAGAUUUGCAGUAGAUGCAGCGACAGAUAAAUAUGAUGAUUUAAGCGACUUGAAUACUACAGAAAUGAAUUCUAUCAAGGAAUGGGAAGAACAAUUUAAAGAGAGGUAUGAUUACGUCGGAAAAUUAUUAAAGCCUGGCGAAGCACCCACAAAUUAUUCGGACGAAGAAGAUGAGGGUAGCCAACAAGAGACUGAAACAAAAUCGGAGAGCUUUGAAACGGAAACAAAAACGGAUCAUAGUGAGAUUGCGGGAAAAUCAAAGAGCGAUUGACCACAUUGUACAUUGGAGGCAGAACUUUUUCGAAAGCACAUUACGCACACACUGUUGUUACAGAAAUUUUUGAAAUUAUCGCUCAUGAAUAUAUUUCUGGACGUUCAACCGAAUAUUUUAUUACUUCAUAACGAUAAUCGAAUAAAAAGGCGAAAUACUGGCUUUUAAUGGAGUUGGAAGUACAUAAACAUUUUGAAAAAAGCUGGUGGUUACAUGCAAAGACUUUAUUUGAACAUCUAACUUCUGAUCAGAAUGGAUGUUCUCUCGUGUCUUUUAAUGUUUUUAUAUAUGUACAAAAAAUUUUCUACAGAUUGCUAAGCUAAAUCAAUGGCAAGUAACAAAAUAGUAUAUAUUCCAUUGUAAAUGUUUUUCAUUGAAUUAGUUGUAUCCUAUUGUGCGAUGUGUGUGCAGUAACAAUACACAUUGUAUAUCCAUAUGAGAAUAGCAGUACGAUAAAGUUUCUGAUAUGCAUUUGGAGUUUUAGCUUUAAGUUUAUCUAUGGAAUAUCUUUAUGCCGUGUUUAGGCAACUCCAUGAUUUAAAAAAGUUACAGCACUGAAUCAUCAUACAUUCAAAACAUACAUUUUAAAGCCACUCGCUUGUGAAUAAAUUUCCGAUUACCACUUAUUAAUUGGAUAAAGCAUUAAUAUUUAGUUAUAUAUUUAUGUUAUAUUUUUAAUAUAAUUGAGCCUCUCAAAUUUAUAAUUAUUGCAUGCUAAAAAGUCUAGCCUCACAAUAUAGAAAGCUUUUUCUCAUUUAUGUCAAAUGAAGAGAGUAAUUUCAAAUUGUAUAUUUUUUAUGCAAAACUUUUAAUUGCUAAAACAGUACUAAAAACCGGGUGUAUAAAAUGCAUAUUAAAUAAUAAUUUUUUUAGCGAUAUAUAAUUUUGUUAUAGCUACAAGAAAGUACAGUAUACUGUAUUUGCAUACUUCCGUGUAAUGUUAUCUCUCAAUAGAGAGACACAAAUACUACAGAGUAUCAACUUAUUAACACUAUUUGAUGAUUUGUUCACUACAAUAAAAUAAAAGCAUGGUUUUGGUAGAUAGAAUUAUAUACCUAAAUAAGUUUAUGUGAAUAAAAAUAAAUUAGAGCUA